AGAAAUGAAUGAAGCUGUCCAUGAUACACUUAAUCUCUUACGUCAACUAUCCGACUUAUUAGCAGAGUUCCCAAAUGAUGAUCUUUUGGGAAGGGCGUUGGCUCGAUUGGGAAUUGUCGGGAUAGCUCAGCAGAACGUGGUGGCGAAUAUUCGACAUCUCAGAAAUGAAGAACUCCACAGAUUUCGGCAAGCAGUGCCUCCACCACAACAAGCUGAAGAAGCAGAAGAAGAAGCUGAUGUGGCUGAAAAUGUGGUAGAACAGAAUCGAUUGGGACCCAUUCGAAGAGGUCAAUUUCUGGGACCAAGAAGACGCUUGUUGUUCCAGCCGAAUCAACGCCUUUGCCGAGUGGGCGAGCAUCGAGACGGGAUCGCCCCAAAUCUGCUCCGACAUCAAGCUUUUGUGCCACAAGUGGCCCCACUCGCCGGACCACAACCAUUCGUUCCUCCUCCACCACCACCACUGCCUGAGCCCGCAGCAGCUGCCGAAAGAAACGCGGAGAACGCGUCUCCCUCAGAAGAGGAAGGACCAAUUGGACCAAUAGAGCCGCCAAGAAUCACAAUGGAAGUGGAGCCAGUGAAUGUGACUUUUGGGUUAACUGAAGAAUUGGAUGAUUCCUGUAGCACAGCAAUCCUGAAUACAACGAUGGAAAUCGAGGAAUCGAGGAAUCUCGAUAUUAUUUAAAUUUCGUAAUGUAUAAUUUCUGAAGACCCAUUUUCACCAAUUGCCAUAUCUAUUUUAUUAUUUUUCAAAUCAUCAAAACUAUAAAUGUUCGUG